UCGAAGUCGAUCGUGAACAGUUAAAACCAUAGAUCAGAUUAGUUGAGAAACUUUCCAUGAAACGAUUUUGAGUGAAGGAGAAAUCGCGCGCUCGUGUUCUUAUUUGAUGACCGCAGAACAUGUGCAAAUUUGAUUGCUGAACAAAUCUGUUGACGAAUUGCUUUGUCAUUUUUACGUAAUUUUGAUAAGACGCGUAUCGCGUUGACGAUAAAAACGGUCAACGAAAUUGUUCUUGCGGCAGAAGAUAGAUUAACGCUGACCGAGAAUGGGUUCCACGCAGGAUGAGCUGAGGACGUUUGAAAGGUACUAUGAUCCGAUGACCAAAGUCAUUAGCAUGCCCAAAGAUGAGUUUAAGCCGGAACCGCGCGGCCUCGGCUACUGCCUUUACAGAAGCAUCCAAAGAAAUAGCAACAAAAUUGCUCAGGUUGAUUCAUGGACGAACGAAUCGUACACGUACGGAGAGUACUUGGAGAAAUGCGUGAGAACGGCGAUGGCUUUGCAAUGCGAAGGAGUAACAUCCGAAGACGUGGUGAUGAGUUGCUCUUACAACCAUUUGAACAGCUCCGUACCGUUCGUUGCCACACAUUUUAUAGGAGCCACAAGUUCCGCGACGGAUCCUAGCCAAUCCAAAGAAGACAUUGCUUAUUUACUGAAAUUGGUAAACCCGAAAGUAAUUUUCGUUUGCAAGGAAGCCGAGGAUAAGAUGACUGAGGCAAUGGUCGAAUGCAAUUCGAAAGCAAAGUUGGUGGUCUAUGGAGAGACCAGUUUCGAAUCGUGCGUCGCACCGAAAUUGGGCGAAGAGAAUUUCAAACCUUACGAAACCAAAGAUCUGAACGAAACGUGCAUCAUUCUCUUCAGCAGCGGAACCACAGGCUUACCCAAAGGCAUCACCUUAAGUCACAAGUUCGCUUUGUACCAUGCGCAUUCAACGAUGUUUCCUCCAGGGACCGGUUUUGCAAGUCUGUAUUGGUCUACGAGCACUAUCUGCACCCUAUCCUACAUCGUGUACGGCAAGAGGAGAGUUAAUCUGAGGCAUUUCGAUGCGAACACCCUUUGGGAAAUCAUCGAUAAGCACGAGAUCGAUGCGAUGUUCAUGGCCCCAUCGGACUUUAUUCGGUUGAUGCGCAAGAAACCUGAAAAUCGGACGACUUUCAUCAAAACGAUCUGCAUUGGCGGAAGCGGUAUAUGCAAGGAUUUUCUUGAAGAAGCGAAGAUGAAGUUGCCAACGACGAAAGUGCUCUUCGGUUACGGAUUGUCGGAACUGUACUCCGUCUUCUGUCCGAUCAAUCAUAAAUCGGGAAGCGUCGGAAUCCCGUACAAAGGGAAAUCUUACAAAAUAGUUGAUAUUGAAACAGGAGAUAAUGUUGGGUUCAAUCAAACGGGUGAACUUUGCGUUAAAACCGAAUGGGUUUCGAACGGAUAUUACAGGCAAGACUCAUCGUCCGUAUGGGAUGAUGAGGGUUACCUGAAGACCGGAGACGUCGUGUAUUACGACGAGGAUUUCUGCUUCUACGUUGUCGACAGGAUAAAGGAGAUGUUCAAGUAUAGAUCGUGGCACAUAGUUCCAGCUAAAAUCGAGACGAUAAUCCUGAAGCAUCCGGGUAUCGAUUUGUGCGGAGUCGUCGGCAUUCCGCAUCCUGAAGACGACUGUCACGCUCUGGCUGUUGUCCAGCUGCGAGAGGGCAGCGAUCUUUCGCCGGAGGAGAUCAAAGAGUUCGUCGAGAGGCAGGUGGAUGACAGGCACAAGCUCAGGGCCGGCGUGAGGAUCAUGGAUAAACUGCCUCUGACGCCAUCCGCGAAGAUAAGGAGACGAGAUUUGGUAACAAUGUAUGUGAAUGGAGAAAUAUGAUGAUCUGCACUAUUACCUUAGGACUGUCGCGUGAUAUUCGCGACAUCUGCGUCACGCAUUUUUACAAUUAAUGAUAUUGUUGUUUAUCGCUCAAAACGUUAAAUUAUUGUUAUUUAAAAAAU